AUGUCGUGUGCCCUUGGAUCCGAUGGCCAACUCAAAGACGCUAAUGCCAUUGAUUGGUACAAUGACCCGGACGAUGACACCCCCAUGCCUGCUCCACAUCCGCUUCCUGCUCCACCUCCGCUUCCUGCAUCCAAUGGCAUGCUGACUGCUUUUAAAAAAUCUGUGUGGCUACCAAUGCAGCUCCUGCCAAACGAUCAGCUCCAGUGCCUCCUCAAAGUCAGCCUGCACCCAAAUGACGAGGAAGAGGAAGAGGAAGAGGAAGAGGAAGAGGAAGAGGAAGAGGAAGAGGAAGAGGAAGAGGAAGAGGAAGAGGAAGAGGAAGAGGAAGAGGAAGAGGAAGAGGAAGAGGAAGAGGAAGAGGAAGAGGAAGAGGAAGAGGAAGAGGAAGAGGAAGAGGAAGAGGAAGAGGAAGAGGAAGAGGAAGAGGAAGAGGAAGAGGAAGAGGAAGAGGAAGAGGAAGAGGAAGAGGAAGAGGAAGAGGAAGAGGAAGAGGAAGAGGAAGAGGAAGAGGAAGAGGAAGAGGAAGCUUACCAAAGGACCAAGGUGUUUGGAGACGAGGAUCGCAAGCAGACCAAGAAAGAUGAGCGCAGUGCAGACUUAAAGGGAAUAUUUAUGCAGGAGAAAGGCUGCGUUAACCCUCACACCCAAGAACGUGAAGACGGCUAG